AUGGAGCAGGGGCAAAAACAUACGUCUUUUACCAAGCGCUUCAGGACGACGGAACCCAUCAAGACCCAGAUCGCGCGGACGAAAGUAAUCCAGGCGUGGAAUUACCAGACCGUUUGGGCCGUAGGUCGCAAUGCAGUUAUAGGACUGGUGUGUAAGAGGCCGGAGCGGGCCGAAAACGGCAGACGGGCCGUUAACGCUUUGGGGAAAGCACGUCCCUCGUACUGCGACGCUCCCCUCGCUUACAUAAACGCGUCGGUGCUGCCGGGUACAGAUAACGUCAGAAAACUUGUGAGACACGUCGGAUGGAGCGUG